GGGAGAGUAGAAACGAUCCAGCACUCAUUCUCGCGAGAUCUGACAGUGGGACGACAGAUGGUAUUACCACCGGCGACGAUGGGCCGGCAUCAGUGGAUCUUUCAGUGACCUAAAGGAUGUCCCUUCAACCAUGGGCCAAGCUGUCUGCAUCUGCUCUCGUGGGAUAAUCACCAUUGACAAUAAGCGUUAUUUAUUUAUCCAAAAUCUGGAUGAAGGGGGUUUCAGUUACGUAGAUCUCGUGGAGAGCGUACAGGACGGCAAGUUCUAUGCCCUUAAGCGUAUCAUCUGCCAUGACAAAGAAGACCGGAAGAAUGCACUCACCGAGGUGGAAAUGCACCGGAUGUUCAACCACCCAAAUGUCCUGCCUCUAGAAGCAUACAGCAUCAUAGACAAAAGUCCAAAAUGUGAAACUUGGCUUCUAUUGCCUUACAUUAAGAAUGGCUCACUUUGGACAGAGCUUGAGAAGCUGAGAAAUGCUAAUAACUUCAUGGCUGAAGAACAGAUACUAAGCAUCUUCCUGGGACUCUGUAAGGGACUGAAGGCUAUCCAUGACAAGGGCUAUGCACACAGGGACUUGAAGCCCACAAAUGUUCUUCUAGAUGACUAUCAGCAGCCCGUACUUAUGGACCUGGGCUCGAUGACAAAGGCUAGGAUUGAGGUCAAAGGGUCACGAGAAGCUAUGACAAUCCAGGACUGGGCAGCACAGCGAUGUACCAUAUCAUACCGAGCCCCUGAGCUCUUCACUGUGGAAAGUCACUGCAUCAUAGAUGAACGCACGGACAUAUGGUCCCUAGGAUGUGUGCUCUAUGCUAUGAUGUUCCUGGAAGGACCGUAUGAUGGCAUCUUCCAGAAAGGAGAUUGUGUGGCAUUGGCUGUACAGAAUCCGAUAACCAUUCCAGAAAACUGCAGGUACACCCAGUCCCUACAACAUCUGCUAACCUCUAUGAUGGUUGUUAACCUCCAAGAAAGACCAAAUAUUAACUGGGUAUUGAACCAGACUGAACAACUGCAGCCUGCCGGAGCCGUCCAGGACACCAAAAUGAUCUAAUAUUGGCAGCAUUAACAAGAGUGGCUCCAUCUAUCCUAGGAGGCACUUUGCAUUUGUCAUCUGUCAGACUUCCAUUAUUUCUACACAGGGAGAAAAAAAAUCAUCAAUCAUUCUAGCUUCAGUAUUUCUGCCAACUGGGUAGGAUCCUGUGUGUUCUCUCUCCAUUAUGUCCUGUAUUCCCACUCCAGUUUGUACAGAAUUGUUCAGUUUUCAAUGGAGAGCAAAAUAGAAAAAAUUGCAUGUUUUUCUUCAUCCCAGAAGGAUUUAGCUAUUUGUUUUGCUCCAUUGGUACUACCUGUGCUGUAAGUUAAUCAUAGCCACCAAACCUUUUGGUAACUUCUAUGGUUACAUGUGUAGAAUUUGCAUACAACACGUGGCUGGAGGAGCAAGUCUCAUUGAGUGCGAGAGGUGUGAUUCACUUGUCUGUUUGGUCACUGUUGGAUGCUGCCUGUCUGCUCACUUCCAUCAGAACUUACUGGGGUUAAGUUUUGGAGUGCUUUAAUUCUGACUCUGUGUAAAAUGGCAAGUGAAAAAGUGGCCAUGCGCGAUGUGUAUUGAAUGCUGUCAUGACACGAUUUAUUAAUGUGGACUCCAAAAGUCUGUUGAGCCUGACCUCCAGGUGUACAACAGAGAACUAAGUCUGAAAUAGUUAAAUUUUGGGAGCAAGUGUAGAAACCUCAUAAGCUUUGAAGACUCCAUCCAGUCACAUAAUGGGAUAGGGAUUGGUUUCAAUUGGAGUACAUGCUGAGGGUGCUGGCAUCUAUCUCUAUAAUAUUUUGUAGUACAUUUUUCUAAUUAAAUAGUUUUUUUUCUAUCUUUCACCCCCGUGUACCCUUUCCCUCUUCCAAAAAAAAAGACAAUAUAAAGAUUUGAUAUCACUACAUUGAUUCUGAUUGUAGAAGAUUGGGUAAGUUUGAAUCCAUUCAAGCCAAAUAAACUGCUAGGGAACUCAACACUCAUCUCUCCCACACAACCUUCCCUCCCCCCACCCCCGUCCCAGCCAAACAGGAAAUGAAAGCAGAGCCAAAACCAAGUGAAUAUUUUCCUGGAUGGUGCAUUACCCAUUAAGGGAACAUCACUUCCCACUCUGUCCAUUCCUUUUUGUAGGAGCUUAUUUUGCCCCAUCAGUGCUAUUUUUCAAGUACAUAUUCCAUGCCUAUUCAAAAUGAGUGGCCUUGUCUUUUGGAACAAUCUCAAGAUGUCCGAUGGUCGGCUUGCCACUUGAGAUUGAGUUAUUUCCACAAACAGCAAUGUGGAAAUGUUCAAUCAAAAUUUUCUGCUGCAGAAGUAUUUCAGUUCCUUUUCUGAGUUUGUAUCCUCAUAAGCAUCUGUAGAUAACAUAUUUCCUUCUUCCCCUGCAUUGCACACCACCCCCUGAAUCUUGAGUAAGUCUAAGAAUAAUAUAUUGAACUCUAGAAAAUAGGGAAAGGCCUGCAGUUAAACAGGACCGUGGCUGAUGUACCCCAAACUUUGUCUUUCUCAUUGCUAGUUCCACAUAACACUUCAACUUGCCAAUCCUUCAAAAACAUAUCUACCUCCUCUUUAAAUACCUCCAAUGAUCUAGUCUCCACAACUUUAAGGUAAAUUCCAGAGGUUCAUCACUUUUUUUCAAAAUAUUGCAAUUGAUGACUAUUUUCUUGUUUAGUAACUCUGUCCCCUUGUUUGACUGUCUCACGAGUGAAAACCUUUUAAAUCUACCCUGUUAUACACCAUAGGAUUUUAUGUGUUUCUAUAAAGUCACCUCUUAUUCUUCUAAUUUCCAAAGAAUGUAGAAACAACUUGUAUAGCUACUUCUGAUAGGAUAGCAUUCUGUUACCAGGAAUUAGCCCAGUGAAUUUCUUUCAGACUUCUCCCAGUGUUGGAAUAUCCAUUCUUAGAUAAGGGGACCAAAGCUAUGCAGGAUACUCUUGGUGUGCCCUCAUCAACGCCCUGUACAGUGAUAACAAUGCAUACUUAAUUCUAAACUCAGCUUCUUUAAAUCUGCAAAAAAAAUCGUGCAAAAUAACUUUAAAAGGUUGCGAGAGACAUGGUUGAUUCCAGAAGUUGCAUUUUUAUUCCCUCCUGAUUUGUAACUCUGUAUGAAAACUGAUUAUUAUUUUUCCUUUCAAUGCUUUCACUUCCACCCCACCCACCAAUUCUUCCUUUCCCCAACACUACAAACCAAAGUACUCUCAGUGCUUACCAGCUAGGUAUGUGGUUGUGUUUGGAACUUGCUUUAGUUUCAAAAUAAUACAGAAAGCCUGAAACUAAACAUAAAGUUUGUGGGGGGGGGGGGGGGGAACUUGGAAUUAAUGUGGAAACCAGGCUGACAUUCCGAACUAUGACUUUUUCCAUCAGAACUGAAAGUUCUUGAGGGGUCAGUGAUCAGGGAAAGAACUAAACAGAAACAGUCUAUGAUGGGGUAGAUAUUGUCUGUUACCUACUUUGUAAUAUAAAGUGCAACACAAGAGCAUUCUGUUUGGUCUGGUUGCUGUCUUCUAACAACAGUCUAAUGAGUGCCAUUGUUUAUCUGUAGCCAGCAGUUCUUACCCUACCCUUGGAAAAAUAUCUCCCAUUCCCUUUUGAGGGCUACCAUCCUUUCUACUACCUAUCAGCAAGUGAUUUAUCAUCCUAACUACGCAUUCAUUUAAACAAGUCAUUUAGCUUGGGUGCCUCUGGUUCUUUUGCCAAUCACCAUUUAAAACUUUGUUAGCCCCUCAUCUAUGGGUUACAGUUUCUCAGAUGUUACUGAGGAGAAGAGGGAUGGACCCCUUGAGCUUCCACCAUUCAGUGGCAUGGCUGAAUCUAUGCUUGUUUUAGUUAGUGUGUAGGUGCUUAAAGCGGUCCCUCAGUCUACGUUGGGUCUCACCGAUGUAGAGGAGGCCACACCAGAUACCCCGACAGACUGGCAGGUGAAGUGUUGCCUCAUGUGGAAGGAUGAAUAUAUUUAGUGCAUUUAUAUGGUUUCAAUUGCCUCUGUCAAAUCUCAACUUAACCACCUCAGCUUUGAGGAAUAGUGAAGAGCUUGAUUUCAGAAGAAAGGAAUGUUUGAAGUGCAAAGGAUGCCUGCAGGAAAAGACAAGCAUAAGUUGGUGAUCUUCAGAGGCCUGCAAAACUGGUUGUCUUUCUCUAUUGGUUCAUUUGGAGAAGAGGACAAGUUUCUCUUGUUCUCAUAGAAUGACAUCCUUGUCUGAAAGACUAGUGAAAAUGACAUAAUUAUUGUGUUCAGUUAUUGGAAGAAUAAUGAAUGCUUGGCUUUUAAUAGCCUGAGAGAUGUACAAAAUAUCAAUGAUUCCACAUUGGAAUGAUAGUAACAGAGCAUAAGAAUGCACUGUAAAAUUUGAAGAAAGAAAAAUUUAGGACUUUAUAUUAACAGAAUCUGAAAUGGAUGUUGUAGUGGGGUUCUAGUAAGAAAGCAAAGAAGUUGAAAUUUAUCCUUGUCUUCCCAUGUUGAAAACAGCUCUCUGGGAAUUAGUCCCUGUCCCCAGUAAACCUGUUUCUGGUAACUACAUAUCACAAGACAUUAGAAGCAGAGAGUAUUUUGUGCAGUCAUCAGCAUUGAGGUCACCAGCACUCCUGUACUUUAGCACUCUCCUACCAGAACCCAGCAGCACUUGGCAUCUGGAAAUCUAUCAGUCCAAAUCAGUUUCAAUUCUGUAGAUUAAAAAGUCCUUGGAUUAGAGGGAGAAAGUUAUUGUAGCCUUUCUUUUCCCACUUUAUCCUGCUUAAUGUGGCCAGAAUCAAUUCAGACCAAGUAAAAUGCAAACCUUUUCAAUAUUGUAAAUUAUCCAUACAUAUUCUUUCAAGUGAAGUACAAUAGUAAUCAUUCUCCAUUUGUAUGCUCUUUGAGGGAUUUUGCUAUGCACACAGUGAGUGACAGUUGCCUGGGAUACUGUAAUUCAUUUCAGGAAACUUCUGGGAUAUGGUAUGAAGCAAUACAGGGUCUGCCGUAUCAGGAACCCGCUCAUCAGUAGGACCUCUCAUUAUAAGUUGCUUAGAUCAAUUUGAUUUAAUUCCAUUGUCAUUGCAUAGAUAGUAUUUAAAGUGACUAAUUUUUGGGGAUAUUGAUUCUUUGAGACCAUCAUCAUAGGAUUAUGAUCGUAUUCUGGACCUGUAUAAUCCAUUCAGAUCCCUUGUCCUGAUUUUCCAUUAUAUCCUUGUGUGUGCAAUCAAUAUGUCUGCAGUUCCAAUUAUUUGCAUACCUUUAAGAUAAAAUGGUCUGUAAUUGUUUGUUAAAUUCUUUGGUGUUUUGACCCUCUCAUGUGUUGUGGUCGCCAAAGGCGGUUACAAUUGUGUAGGCGCCUACUGCAUUUGCUGGGCGUUACUUUCUCCCUGGCUAUUGUGUCAUUUAUGUCAAAAUUACUCAGUGCAAUUAAGCAUUUGUAUACCAGCAUUACCAUGGGUAUGAUGUGCUUAAAGUUUACCUCAAUUUAAAAAGAGGUGGACGGAGCCCUGAUGAUGCUUGGAGGUCGGUUUGAGUUUGUCGAUAUCUCUUCUGUUGAAAAUAAUGUGUUACUUUUAUGUAACAUACUUUAUCUGGGACAGUAGCGUAGUGAUUAGUGUGACUGUAUUAGAGCUCAGGGUGUUGGAGUUUGGACUUCAAUUCCGGCACUUUCUGUACCCUUCCUGUGAGCACAUGGGUUUCCCCCGAGUGCUUCGGUUUCCUUCCACAGUCCAAAGGCAUACAGGCUUGUAGGUAAUUUGUUCAUUGUAAAUUGUCCUGUGAUUAAGACAAGGUUAAAUAGGUUGGGCUGCUGGGGAGUGCGACUCUGGGCUGGAAGAGCCUGUUCCACACUGUAUCUCUUAAUAUAGAAAAAAUUUAAAAGUUUUAAAGUCAAUGCAGCUCAGAAAUAGCCCUUCAUCCCUCAAUUUCUGCACUAAUUAUCAAGUACCCAGCUACAUACAUACCUUAUUUUGGUGCUUUUCUAUUAACAUAAUCCCUCCCCCACAAGCACUCACAAAUCUUUGACCACCCACCUUACACUUGGGGCGAUUCACAACCAGAUCCCAACCCUGGAUUUGGAAGGAAACUGGACCAUCCCAGAGGAAACUCAAUCAGUCACAGAGAGUACUGUGCCCAGAUAGCAACGGAGGUCAGGAAUGAAUCCUGGUCCCUGGAACAUAGAACACUACAGCACAGUACAGGCCUUUUGGCUGAUGGUGUUGUGCCGAUCUUUUAACCUACACUAACCCUUCCUUCUCACAUAGCCCUCCACUUUCUAUCAUCCAUGUGGCUAUCUAGAAGUCUUUUAAAUGUCCCUAAUGUAUGUGCCUAUAUCACCACCCCUAGUAACACACUUUACACACCCACAUUCCCGGUGUUUUAAAAAAAACUACCUCUAACAUACUUUCCUCCAGUCGCCUUAUGCUCCCCGGUAUUAGUUUUGAGGCAGUGGCUUUAAUCAAUCUGUCACAUACACUUGAGUUGUGCUGCAUUUAAGGUUAUAAAUAUCUUGUUCAGAUCAAUGCCACAGUGGGUCUUUAUCAAGAAUCACUAAUCCCUCCCUAUAAUUUUAAAAUAAUUCAGUGAUUUUUUUGCUUUCUUGCUCCAUAACCCAGUUGUAUCAACCUCACUCAUUUCUCCUAUGGUACCAACACAACCAUAUACAGGGCAAGAGCAGUUAGUCUGCCAGGCAGGAUUUCCUCUGGUUGUGAUGUUAGUUAACAUAAUCAGUACAGAUACUUCAGCCCACAAUGUUGUGCCAAUCUUUUAAAUUUAUCUAAGAUCAGUCUAACCGUACCCUGCCACAGAGCCUUCCACUUUUCUAUAGAAAUAUAGGAACAUAGAAAACAGGUGCAGGAGUAGGCCAUUCGGCCCUUCGAGCCUGCACCGCCAUUCAGUAUGAUCAUGGCUGAUCAUCCAACUCAGAACCCUGUUCCUGCUUUCUCUCCAUACCCCCUGAUCCCUUUAGCCACAGGGGCCAUAUCUAACUCCCUCUUAAAUAUAGCCAAUGAACUGGCCUCAACUGUUUCCCGUGGCAGAGAAUUCCACAGAUUCACCACUCUCUCUGUGAAGAAGUUUUUCCUCAUCUCGGUCCUAAAAGGCUUCCCCUUUGUCUUUAAACUGUGACCCCUUGUUCUGGACUUCCCCAACAUCGGGAACAACCUUCCUGCAUCUAGCCUGUCCAAUCCCUUUAGAAUUUUAUAUGUUUCAAUAAGAUCCCCCCUCAAUCUUCUAAAUUCCAGAGAGUAUAAGCCUAGUCGAUCCAGUCUUUCUUCAUAUGAAAGUCCUGCCAUCCCAGGUAUCAAUCUGGUGAACCUUCUUUGUACUCCCUCUAUGUCAAGAAUGUCUUUCCUCAGAUUAGGGGACCAAAACUGCACACAAUACUCCAGAUCUGGUCUCACCAAGGCCUUGUACAACUGCAGUAGAACCUUCCUACUCCUGUACUCGAAUCACCGCCUGCUGUACCUGCAUGCCCACAUUCAAUGACUGGUGUACAAUGACAGCCAGGUCUCGUUGCAUCUCCCCUUUUCCUAAUUGGCCACCAUUCAGAUAAUAAUCUGAAUUUCAUCUAUGUGAAAUGUACGUAUUUAAUCUAUGUGAAUUCAAUCUGAAUUUCAUCAUAUCUAUGUGCCAAUCUAAGAGGCUCUUAAGUGCCUAAAUGUUUAACUCUAAUGCAUUGCACACUUAUGACCUUAUUAGUAAUGCUGAACUGCUGAUCAUUUUUCCAGUCAAUGUAUUACUUCAAAGAUCACAGACCAUUGUCCAACCCUUGCUGCUGUUGAAAUGGUUUCUGUUACAUUGUCCAGCAAAUCAGCAUUACAGAUUUUAGUUGCCCCACCAUUGGUGCUCGUGUCUACACCUCCUUCUGAUUUAAAUUUUGGAGAUCCAUGGCUAAUUCCCUCUGCCUCUUUACCUUCUUUGGAAAUGAUCGCUCCACCUUCUUUUAAAAAUUCUGGCAGGGUUGUGGCAGUUAACUGGAUUACGAUCCAGAGGUGUGCAAAAACUUAACAGUCUUAAAAGAUUAGCGUUGUUUGUCUCACGUACAUUGAAACAUACCAUGAAAUACUUCAUUUGCAUCAAUGACCAAGGAUGUGCUGAGGGCAGCCCCAAGUGUGACCAUGUUUCCUGUGCCCAUAACUCUCUAACCCGAAACCAUUCAUCUUUGAAAUAUGAGAGGAAACCUGAACACCUGUAGGAAACCCAUAUGGUCAAGAGGAGAACGUACAAACCCCAUGCAGACCCCUUACUCUAACUGUUAAGUUACUGUGGCCACCGUCACUGAUUUAUUAAUGAUAUUUGGUCAUUGAUUUCAGUGCAGGUGCCACGGCAGCAUUCAAAUUUAAACUGAGUAAUUAAAUCUGGAAUUUAAAGAAAAACUGAAGUCUAAUGGUGGCUAUAAACUACCAAGAAGGAAGUCAAACUUAGAACAGCACAGUACAGUUCCUUUGGCCCAAUGUCAUGCCGACCUUUGAACUUGCUCCAAGAUCAAUCUAAGCCUUCCCUCCCUCAUAGCCUUCCAUUUUUCUAUCUUCUAUGUGCCUGUCUAAGGGUAAUCUGCCAUAUGUACCCAGUCUGACCUGUUAUGAUUACAAAGGUCAAAGGCUCAUUUAUUAUCAAACUAUACAACUCUGAAAUUCUCCUGCCUUGAAUCCAAGAAAGAAAAGAAAGGCAGCACGAUCAUCAACUCCCCCCCCCCCCCCACCAUACCACUCCCUGCACAGAAAAACGAAUAAAAAUGGAACAGGCAGAUCAGACCCCAAAUCCCUCCUGGCAGCACAAAAAAAAUAGAACAGGUGCAUCAACCUUCACACCCCCCUCCCCACACAAAAUAUGAGAAAGAUUGGGCAAAAAACACAGAACAUAUGAAACUAUUAGACUGGGGAAAGUCCACAGUCCAAGUCCACAUCCAAAAUGCAGAAAACCUGGGCAGCAUUCUCCGGGCACAGUGGCAGGCUCUCCCCUCUCCAGUAGCGUAGCAGAGUGAUCCUAGAAUCAAAAGACAGGCAGCCGGCACUCACUUCAAUGCUUAAGCUCCCUCAUCACUUUAAUCAGUGCACACUGGAAGCUUUAAUCAGUGAAAUGGAGUCAAAUAAUGAUUCACAUCCUGCAUCCUGCCCACCUCGAGGUUCCGGCAUGCUAUCUAUGCCUCAUGAAUCCUCUCAGAGACUGCAGAGUGCUGGAACACCCAAAUGAUCUCCGGACAGCAAAUCACAGGCUCCAGCAGUUCCAGAACCACAUCCAAGAUGAAAAACAAACAUAAGAGACAUAAAGAAGUGAAAUUAUCUAUCCAGAAGAUGCCAACUGAAGGAGCAGUGUAUGCAGGCGCCAUCCAGAUCCACUAAUGUAUCUGAUCCCUUACCUGGCUUCUUCAAGUCCAGGUAAUAAAUGGAAACAACACAUAGGUACAUUUUAAAAAUGAAUUAAAAAGAACUACUCUUAACCAAACAAUUGACUGUCUGCUUUGAUUGGACUGAGCCAUUGAAACUAAAUCUUGUGAUCAGUUUAUGCAGCCAAGAGAAGAGCUUUUGUGAUGUUCUGCAUAUUCAACACUGCUACAUAAAUACAGAUCUCCGUCCUUGAAUCAGUGUGUGCAGUUUGAUACUGCUGAGUGCUUUGUACAAGUUGGCCAUGUUAAUGUGGGUUUCAGGUUAAUUUAUUUAUUUAUCUUGCAUACAUCGGGGAAAAAGAUUCAAGAUAGCUUAUAUACAGAGCCUAUAAAGAGUAUUCAUCCUCCCCGCCCACUCUUUUGGAAGUGUUAAUGUUUUAUUGUUUUACAACAUUGAAUCACAAGUGGUUUUAAUUUGGCUUUUUUGACACGGAUCUACAGAAAAAGACUGUGUCAAAUGAAAACAUCUCUACAAAGUGAUCUAAAUUAAUUACAAAUAUAAAGCACAAAAGAAUUGAUUGCAUAAGUAUUCACCCACUUCAAGUCAGUAUUUAGUAGAUGCACCUUUGGCAGCAAUUACAACCUUGAGUCUGUGUGGAUAGGUCUCGAUCGGUGUUGCACAUCUGGACAUUGCAAUUUUUCCCCAUUCUUUACAAAAUGCUCAAGCUCUCUAAAAUUGCAUGGGGAUCAUGAGUGAACAGCCCUUUUCAAUUCCAGCCACAAAUCCUUAAUUGGAUUGAGGUUUGGACUUUGAUUUGGCCAAGCCAGGUCAGUAACUUUGUUGUUUUAAGCUGUUCCUGUGUAGCUUUGGCUUUAUGCUUGGAGUCAUAGACUUGCUGGAAACAAAUCUUUUCCCAAGUCCCAGUUCUCUUGCAGACUGCAUCAGAUUUUCCUUCAGGAUUUCCCUGUACUUAGCUGCAUUCAUUUUAUCCGCUACCUUCACAAGCCUUCCAGGGCCUGCUGUAGUGAAGCAUCCCCACAGCACGAUGCUGCCGCCACCGUGCUUCACAGUAGGGUGGUGUGUUUUUGAUGAGUGCGAUGUUUGGCUUAUGCCAAACAUAGUGCUUAGUCUCAUGGCCAUAGAACCUUCUUCCAACUGACUUCAGGGUAUCCCAUAUGCUUUCUGGCAAACUCUAGUUGAAAUUUCAUGUGUAUUUUUUUCAACAGUGGUUUUCACUUUGCCCCUUUCUCAUAAAGCUAUGACUGGUGAAGCACCCAGGCAACAGUUGCUCUAUGCGGAGUCUCCCAUCUCAGCCACUGAAACGUGUAACUUCUCCACAGUUGUCAUAUGUCCCCUUCUUGCAAGACCACUCAGUUUAUGAGGACGGCCUGCUUGAGGCAGAUUUACAGCUGUGCAAUAUUCUUUCCAUUUCUUGAUUGACAUAACUACUCCAAGAGAUAUUCAGAGACUGGGAAAUUUUCUCCUGACUUGCGCUUUUCAUUAACCUUUCUGUGGAGUUGUUUGGAGUGUUCUUUUGACUUCAUGGUGUAGUUUUUGCCAGGAUACUGACUCACCAGCAGCAGGACCUUCCAGAUACAGGUGUAUUUUUACUACAAUCAGUUAAAACACCUUGACUGCACACAGGUUUAUCCAGGACAUCUUAACUAAUUAUGUGACUUCUAAACCUAAUUGGCUACAACAGUGAUGAUUUGGUGUGUCAUACGAAGGGGGGGGUGAAUACUUAUGUAAUCAAUUAUUUUGUGUUUUAUAUCUGUAAUUAACUUAGAUCACUUUGUUCUAAAUAAUUCGAUUAAUUUAGAUCUAUUUUCACUUUGGCAUGAAAGAGUCUUUUUCUGUUGACCAGUGUCAAAAAAGCCAAUUUAAAUCCACUGUGAUUCACUGUUGUAAAACAAUAAAACGUGAAAACUUCUAAGGAGGGUGGUGAAUUCUUUUUAUAGACACUACAUAGAUUGAUUGCACAUCCAUAAAGUGACGCUAGGCACAGAAGUGUCUAUACGUAAGGUGACUAACUGGAUAUGAUAAAGUAGUGGUGAUUGGGAUGUGGGGGGGGGUGGUUAGUGGGUGGAGGUGUUGAUUAGCUUCACUGCUUGGGAAAAGUAGCUGUUUUUGAGUCUGGUGGCCCUGACAUGGGAGUGGAUCAGACAGAGUGAAUAUUGAGGGCUGAAGGGCUGUACUGAUGCAGUAUUCUGUGUUCUAUCAUGGAUGAUAGAGGACAAAACAAAGUGCUGUUAACAACUAACACAACCUACGGAUGGGCUGAGUGCAGCCCUCAAGUGUUGCCACACUAUCCAGCUAAUAUGGCAAAAAUGAGGGGGGCAUAAUUGUUAAGGUGAUUGGAGGAAAUUGUAGGGGGAUAUCAAGUAUAAGUUAUUUUACACAUAGAGCAGUGAAUAUGUGGAACACCCUGUCAAUGGUGAUAGUAGAAGCAGAUACAUUAGGGGGCAUUUAACAGGUUCUUAGAUGGGCACAUAGAUGAUAGAAAAUAAAAUUAAUUUAAUAGAAUAAGGUUAAUCUUUAUAAAGCUGGUCAUUUGUAUCUGAUCUCAAAUGUCAAGUGACCAUGUGGAACCCCUCCUCCCAUGUGAUUGCACUGCGAUUGCGACUAAAUUGGGGCGAAGGGGGCUGCUGGUACACCACCUUAAAGUGGUAACAUGAGCUACAUUCCCUCAUUGCCAAGGCAGGGAGAGCAGUAGUAGCAGGAUAUAAAUGAGAGCUGCCUUUGUACAUUUUGUUUUCCAAACUAGCUGCCAAACUUGAGGAAUGCAUUGGGACUGGCCUUAACUUGUUGAUUACGGAACAUGAUCUGAAAGUCUGUCUCAGGCUUUCUCCUGUGAAAUAGCCAAUUAUCUAUUUGGGCAGUUGGUACCUCUAUGUUAUGUGUUUAUUUGAGCAAUUCUUUGCACCUUUGAAUCUGGCAAUAGCCAAGGUGAAGAUUAGUGUCAGUAUUCUCUGACUUUUACUUACGGUAUUUCCAACAACGCCAUUCAAAGUGGAAUGCGGCAGCUUGAAUGUUUUAAGUCUGUUUUAGUCAUUUAAAGUUUUAUUUGAAUCAUUGCAUCUGUAUUUAACUCUAGAGAAAUGAAGAAUUUUAUAUUUGUUGAUUUCACAA